CGUUUUAAUCACGUGAUAGAGCGCAACUAUAUUUGGGUUCUGAAAUCGAAAGUAGCCCUACGACAAUCCUAUAUAGCCCAACUUUUACCUUAGCCUACAUAAAGUAGGCUACAAUAACUGUGGUGUUACCUUUCAAAGAAAGUGGAGUCGAAAGCACAGCUUACUUCGGCUUUCAGAAACCAGAGGCGAGUCUUACAACGAUGCAGUAUUAUUGGGUUUUACAGCUCGGCCAGGUGCAGUGUGCGUAUUUUCCAUCCUUGUAGAUGAGGUCUACUGAAGCAGACUAAACAAGAAACAAGACUUCAGCUAUGGAAAGAGUAUCUGGGCCUCCCCUGACUCCGGGUCAGUCCAGGUGUGGAGUGUGUGAGCUGCUCCCCAGUGACCCACUGUCCAUCAGUGCCUGUGGACACAGCUUCUGUAGACCCUGCCUCAGCAGCUACUGGGCGGGAACAGGAGGCCCCACCUGCCCCCGCUGUGCAGAUCAACACAGGGCCCAGUUGAAGAUACCAUGUGCAGAUGAUGGACAGGGAUCCAGUGGUCCAGGCCUUAUAGGUGCUCCUGUCAUGAGCUCCAUCGCUACAGCCUCAGAUGGAGGAAGCAUUUGCAACCCCACAUUUGCUGGCUGCCAAAUCUACGGGCCGGUUACAUUCAACAACGAAACACAAUCCACCAGUACGGGAAGAAGGUUGUCUGAGAAAGAACAAGAGGAAGCUCUUUUACAGGAAGUCCGCAUCGACCAUAAAGCCAGGAUGAAAAAACGCUUUGAGUGUAUAUUUGAAGGCAUCGAGACCAAAGCAAAUAAGAAGCUGCUCAACAAGAUUUACACAGAUCUCUAUAUCACAGAGGUAGAAAGUGAAGGCAUUAAUGAUGAACAUGAGGUCUGGCAACUUGAAACUGCAUUCAAGAAGCAGUCGGCCCAGGAUGCACCGAUCAACUGUAACGACAUCUUCAAACCGUUGCCGGGAGAAGAAGGCAACAUUCGAGUCGUGCUGACAAAAGGUGUUGCCGGCAUCGGCAAAACGGUCUCUGUCCAGAAGUUUGUUCUCGAUUGGGCAGAGGGGAGUGCCAAUCAGAACAUCCGCUUCAUGUUUGUGUUCCCUUUCCGAGUGCUGAAUUCCAUCAAAGAGAAGCACAGUCUCCAAAAACUCUUGCUUGGAUUUCACCCCGAGCUUAAGAGCCUGGGUGACACUAAUGAGUACUACGACGACAGCCGAACCAUAUUGAUCUUCGACGGCCUGGACGAAAGCCGCCUGCCACUGAACUUCCAAGGCAACGAAGCUUUCUUCGACGUGAGCAAAGUGGCCUCCAUGGACGAGCUGAUCACAAAUCUCAUUCAAGGCAAUCUGCUUCCCUCAGCCCUGGUGUGGGUUACAUCUCGGCCGGCGGCAACCUGUCUGAUCCCGACCAAGUACGUCGACCAGAUGACCGAAGUCCGCGGUUUCAACGAGGCCCAGAAGGAGGAGUAUUUCCGGAAGAGAUGCGAGGAUGCCACACAGGCCGAGCUCAUCAUUGCACACAUCAAGACGUCUCGAAGUCUCCAGGUCAUGUGUCACAUUCCCGUCUUCUGCUGGAUUGCCGCUACCGUCUUCCAGCAGAUUCUGAAGAGGACAAAGGAGGACAAUGCGGAGAUCCCCAAGACACUGACGCAGAUGUACUCCCACUUUCUCCUCAUCCAGAUGAGCAUCAAGGAUCAGAAGUACCACGGUGGACACGGGGGAACUGACAAGGGGGGGCUUCUUUCAUCACAUGGGGAAGCUGUUCUGAAGCUGGCGAAGCUGGCCUUCAAACAAACAUUGGCGGGGAACGUCAUGUUCUAUGAGGACAACCUGUUGGAGUGCGGCAUCGACGUCAACGAAGCCUCGGUGUACUCAGGGAUGUGCACCGAACUCUUCCGAGAGGAGUCGGUGUUUUACCAGCAGAAAGUCUACUGCUUUGUGCACCUGAGCAUCCAGGAAUUCCUCGCCGCCUUUCACGCCUUCGCCACCCACACCAGCGGGAGCCUCGAGGAGCUCAAGCCUCUACUGCGGGUCCGGGCCUCUAAAGGUCGACCCCAAACGGGCGACGAAUUGUCCCUCGAGCGGUUCCUCAAAGACUCCCUGUACACAGCUUUGAACAGCAGAAAUGGCCACCUGGACCUGUUCCUGAGGUUCCUCCUGGGCGUCACCCUCGAGUCCAACCAGCGGCUUCUCCGGGGGCUGCUGCCGCGUCUGCAGUCGAGCACCGAGACCGUCCGCCACAUGAUCGAGUACAUCAAGGCCUACAAGGGCAAGGGCCUCUCCCCCGAGAGGUGCAUCAACCUCUUCCACUGCUUGAUGGAGAUGAACGACAGCUCCAUGCACAGGGAGAUCCAGGAGUACCUGCAGUUGGAGGGCUCCAGAAAGGCACUCUCAUCCUCCUUUUGCUCCUGCUUGGCCCAUGUGCUCCUCAUGUCCGGGGAGGUGCUGGACGAGGUCGACCUGAGAAAGUACAACACAUCGUCGGAUGAAGGGAGGAGGAGGCUGGUCCCUGUGGUGAAGUGCUGCAGAAGGGCUCUAUUCUCCGCAUGUAACCUCAAUGAGACGUCAUGUGAGGUUAUGGCCUGUGCUCUGCAGUCUGCAGACUGCCACCUAGUGGAGAUGGACCUGCACCGCAACGACCUAAAGGACGCCGGAGCAGAGAGGCUCUUCACAGCCAUGCUGAGUCCUAAUUGUAAGCUGGAGAUUCUGAGAAUCUCGGACUGUAACGUGACUGAGAAGUCCAGCGGGAGUCUGUGUUCCGUCCUCCUGUCUCCUCACUGUCACCUCCGGGUGCUGGACAUGAGCGGCAACCAGUUGAAGGACUCCGGAGCGACGCUGAUCUGCAAAGGGUUAAAGAACCCUCACUGCACACUUGAGAUCCUGAGACUGGAGUGCUGUGGCCUGACUGCGGCGUCCUGCAGGGGCCUGGCCUCCGUGCUCCAGCGUCCCGGUUCCGCUCUGAGGGAGCUUGACCUCACGGACAACGACCUGAGGGACGCAGGGGCCAAGCUUCUGUCCACCGGACUGGGGAAUUCUCACUGCAAACUCCAGAUACUGAAGCUAGUGGGCUGCCUUAUCUCCGAGGAGGGCUGUCUCUUCCUGGCCUCGGCCCUGAAGUCCAACCCUUCUCACCUGCUGGAGCUGGAUCUGAGCUACAACCACCCAGGAAACAGUGGAGCAGAGCUGCUCACAGCCACACCGAUCGAUCCCGGCUCCACACCUCGGGCGGUCAAUGUGGACCAUGGUGCAGCAUGCAGGUUGACAUCUGGACUGCAGAAAUAUGCCUGCAAUCUGACCUUUGACCCAAAUACGGCCCACAGAAAACUCUGCCUCUCGGAGGACAACAGGAGUGUGGCGUGUAACAUGCGGGAGCAGGCCUACCCCGACCACCCGGACCGGUUCAGCACCUGGCAGGUGCUGUGCCGGGAGCCCCUGUCCAGACGCUCCUAUUGGGAGGUCGAGUGGAGCGGCUGGUACGGCGUUGUCAUCGGAGCAUCGUACAAAGUCGAUGCGGGCGACUCGCCGCCAGACGUCACCAACAUCGGCUACAACGACUGGUCGUGGAGCCUGGCCUGCUACGAUAACCGGCCAUCAGAUCAGCUCCUUAUUAUGGCAAACCAGCUCGAUUUUCUGUUCCAUGCUAUGGAUCAUCUGAAGCCCGACCAGCUGAAAAGGUUUAAACUAUACCUGAGCCAUCGGACUCUGGACGACGUCGAGCCCAUACCCAAAGAACGUCUGGGAAACAGCGAUGCCACGGAUGUCAUGGGU